CCCCCUCCUCGAUAACAUACUAUUGUGAUUUUUUGAUUUAUCUUUUUUAAAUAACCUUAAACUGAAGCAACAUGAAGUCCAGAACAUGAUCGAAAGUGCCGGAUCGCGUUGUUAGCGUUCUGAGAUCACCGUUCCAUUUAGCAUGGGCCAAGUUAGCGUCAACUAGCCACUGAGCCCUCCCACUAGUCGAUAAAAGUUGACAACCCCCCAAGUGCUAAAACAUCUAUUAGGGGCUAUAAUGGUAAUGAUGGGUAUUUAGAUUAAAACUAAAUCCAUAUUCAAAGUGUAGAGCUGCUACGUUAUGUUUUAGUGACAGUGCUAAGCCUAUAGGAAUGCUAACGUAGCUAGCAUCGAUGCUGCAAGCGCUAACAGGAUGAAUUUGACGUCAUCGUGAUCGUUUUUUGUUUUCAUAAGUUAUGACAGGCUUCUCAAGCACUGUCUAGGUAAUGCCAAAAAUUGAAAGGCGUGGGUUCUGUGAUGGUUAUUCAGUACUUUAAAAAUGUUUUUUUCAAUGCUGAUAUUCAGUUUGUAUCCCUGCGGCUUGCAGAACAUACUUCAGGUCAAAGGUUUCCUCAUUGUGACCCCCUUUUGACAGACAACGAUCUCCAAGGAAGCGAUGGCUCAGGGAGUCUGGGCGGACCGGAUGUCCGCAGGCGCAUCCCCAUCAAGCUCAUCUCAAAGCAGCCCCUGAGGGUUAAACCUCCGCCCCGUACCCAGAGGCCUGGCAACAGGCUGCCGCUAAAAACCGAAACUGCGGUAAAAGACGAUAACUUUGGCUUCAAGCAAGAGAAGUUUGACUUUGGUGGUAAAGCAGGAGAUGUGUUUGCUGCCCAGAGGAGAUACCCACAGCCACUGUUUUGGGACUAUAAGUUGAAUCUAAUUGGCGAAAGGGAUGAGGUCCCAAUUCACUUCUGUGACAAAUGCGGGCUUCCUAUCCAGCUGUAUGGACGUAUGAUUCCCUGCAAACAUGUCUUCUGCUAUGAAUGUGCUUUGCUCCAUGAGAAGAAAGGGGAGAAGCUGUGCCCUGGUCUGACCAUGUACAGCUGCACAGACCCAGUGCAGCGUAUUGAGCAGUGCCAGCGCGGCUCGCUGUACAUGUGCAGCGUGGUGUCGGGCUGCAAGCGCACCUACCUGUCCCAGCGGGAUCUCCAGGCCCACGUCAACCACCGUCACUUGAGGUCGGCCAAGUCAUCAGGCCGCCAGGAGCCCGUACACCUGCCCCCGGCGUCAGAUGUCCCCGAGCGCUUUCGCGUGCCCCCGCCCCACUUGACCAAGAACCACGUGCACAUGGCCAACCCACACCCGCACGGUGGCCACGACCCGUACGGGCAGCCGCCGCCCCCCGUACCCCACGACGGGCCCCCCGAGACGUAUCGUAUCGCCACGGUGACCACGCGCAAACACAGCAACCUCAUCACCGUGCCCAUCCAGGAUGACUCGUCAUCGGGUCCGGGCCAGCCGCCACCGCACCACCGCCCCGGGGACUAUCCGGGUCAGCCGCCCGUGGUGCCGCAUGCCCACCACAUGAUGGGGCCGCCGCCACCGCCGCAGCAGCACUUUGGGCCGCCGCCCCCGCCCAUCAAUCACCCCAUGCAGCACCCUCCCCAAGGCGGUGGGACACCCCACAUGGUGUACAACCAGGCCCCGCCGCCACCCAUGUCCGGAGCCCCACCUCCUAUCACCCCACCGCCAGGUCACAUCAUGGGCCAAAUGCCACCCUACAUGAACCACCCACCCCCGGGACCUCCACCCCAGCACAGCGGACCCCCAGUAAACGCGCCCCCGCCUCAUCACUAUAAUCCCAACUCCAUGCCGCAGUUCCCCGAAGACCAGGGAACCCUCAGCCCGCCAUUCAACCAACCAGGAGGCCUCAGCCCCGGAAUGUGGCCCGCUCCCAGGGGGCCUCCCCCUCCACGGAUGCAGGGGCCCCCACCUGGGCCCGGGCCCCACCACCCAGACCAGGGCCGCUACCGACCUUAUUAUCAGUAAACUGCCAUCUCAAUGACUGUAGGCUUGGAAUAUUUCCAUGGGAAUUUCAUUUGAGAAAUAUUCCAAAUUGGAGACUUUCCAUGGGAAGGAAAAGUAUCCUAUCCAAGCAUAAACAAACACAUUUUAUCAUAAGCAGACAUCCAUGUAAAAUAGAUGGAUCUCCUUGCCCAAGUAUGUCAAAAUGAAGUUUGUUUAAAGCCACCAUUCAAUAAUUUAGUUUCAUUAAUUCCCAUGGAAAUAUUCCAAUUUGAAAAUUUGGCAACCCUACCGGGCUGUACCACUUGUAUGAAAAUGUGAUGGUAAACCUCAGGGUUGCAGUGUGGAAGUAGGUAUUUUGAUAAAACUGCCACUUGAGUUUGUGGUGCACAUUUUUAGUUACUUGCUUUCCCGCUGAGCAGACAAUAGACUUGGGAAAAAGCAGCCACCCUAUUCUUUUUAAUAAAAAAAAACAAAAAAAACUAUCCUUCAAGUAUUUUUGUCCCAUAUUAUGUCAGCUGACCCAUAUCUCCUGGUACUUUAUCAAUGAAAAUCCUACAUUCAAAGUCCACUGGCUGUUCAUCUAGAGAAUGACAUUGUUUGACCAAUAGGUCUUCAAACACAGUUUUCAUUCACAAAUGUUGAGAUGUUUAGUCCUGUUGAGUUUGUGUACCAAAGUUGGUUAAAAAUUGAC